AUGCCGAAGGGGCGGCGCGGCAGCCAGAGCCCUACCAUGAGCCAGCGGCCGGCCCCGCCCCUCUACUUCCCUUCCCUCUACGAUCGUGGCAUCUCCUCGUCCCCUCUCAGCGACUUCAACAUCUGGAAGAAGCUCUUCGUGCCGCUGAAGGCGGGCGGGGCGGCGGCGGGCGGGGCGGUGGCGGGGCGGCCCCUGCCCCAGGCACCCCAGGUUCCGGCGCCCCCGCCGCCGCCGCCACCGGGCCUGGGGCCUCCCAGCGAGCGUCCCUGGCCUCCGCCCUGGCCCUCCGGCCUGGCCUCCAUCCCCUACGAGCCUCUGCGCUUCUUCUAUUCGCCACCGCCGGGGCCCGAGGUGGCUGCCUCGCCACUGGCCCCCGGCCCCACGACCCCCCGGGUCGCCUCCGCCUCCCACCCCGAGGAAUUGUGCGAGCUGGAGAUCCGAAUUAAGGAGCUGGAGCUGCUCACCAUCACUGGGGACGGCUUCGACUCUCAGCGCUAUAAAUUCUUGAAGGCACUGAAAGAUGAAAAGUUACAAGGACUGAAGACAAGGCAGCCUGGAAAGAAGUCGGCCUCUCUCUCCUGA